GGUGUCCCGUCUGCAUCCGGGUUCAAGCUGCUUCUCCUUAAAGACGGAGAAGCGUUAGGUGGCGUUCUGUUGUCAGGUCUCUUGGGGUCGUGUGUCUGGCACAGGUUUCGAUUUAAAACCAGCAGACCAAAUCUCCCCUGGACAUUUUGCGUGAGCCGGGACUUGGGAGAUGCGGACCCUGGGGUCAGCACCCGCACAGGAAUGGCGUAUCUGACCAGAGAGCCGGUGGUGGCGAAAAACCACGGCCUGGGAAGGGCGUCAAAAUGUGUCGUGUGUGUACACGUCCAAGGCAAGCGAAGGCCGGCGUCUUGACUCUCCAUUUCUUCCAAGGAUACUUUAAGGAAGUUGUCAUUGUUUGGCUUUUCAAACGCGACAGGCCCAACCGGAGUCCCCAGAUAUGGAUGUAAUGAGGCCCUUGAUAUAUGAGCAGAAUUUUGAUGGUACUUCAGAUGAAGAACAUGAACAAGAGCUCCUGCCUGUUCAGAAGCAUUACCAACUUGGUAGUCAAGAGGGCAUUUCAUUUGUACAAACUCUUAUGCAUCUCCUUAAAGGAAAUAUUGGAACUGGACUUUUAGGACUUCCAUUGGCAAUUAAAAAUGCAGGAAUAGUGCUUGGACCAAUCAGCCUUGUGUUUAUAGGAAUUAUUUCUGUUCACUGUAUGCACAUAUUGGUACGUUGCAGUCACUUUCUAUGUCAGAGGUUUAAAAAAUCAACAUUAGGUUAUAGUGACACUGUGAGUUUUGCUAUGGAAGUAAGUCCUUGGAGUUGUCUUCAGAAGCAAGCAGCAUGGGGACGGAGUGUGGUUGACUUUUUUCUGGUCGUAACACAGCUGGGGUUCUGUAGUGUUUAUAUUGUCUUCUUAGCUGAAAAUGUGAAGCAAGUUCAUGAAGGACUCCUGGAGAGUAAAGUGUUUGUUUCGAAUGGUACCGAUGCACCAAAUCCUUGUGAGAGAAGAAGUGUUGACCUAAGGAUAUAUAUGCUUUGCUUGCUUCCAUUUAUAAUUCUUUUGGUCUUCAUUCGUGACCUAAAGAAUCUUUUUGUGCUUUCAUUCCUUGCCAACGUUUCCAUGGCUGUCAGUCUUGUGAUAAUUUACCACUAUGUUGUUAGGAAUAUGCCAAAUGUCCACAACCUUCCAAUAGUGGCUGGUUGGAAGAAAUACCCUCUCUUUUUUGGUACUGCCGUGUUUGCUUUUGAAGGCAUAGGAGUGGUUCUCCCGCUGGAAAACCAAAUGAAAGAAUCAAAACGCUUCCCCCAAGCAUUGAAUAUUGGCAUGGGAAUUGUUACAACUUUGUAUAUAACAUUAGCUACCUUAGGAUAUAUGUGUUUCCGUGAUGAAAUCAAAGGCAGCAUAACUUUAAAUCUUCCCCAAGAUGUAUGGUUAUAUCAAUCAGUGAAAAUUCUGUAUUCCUUUGGCAUUUUUGUGACAUAUUCAAUUCAGUUCUAUGUUCCAGCAGAGAUCAUUAUUCCUGUGAUCACAUCCAGAUUUCAUGCUAAAUGGAAGCAAAUCUGUGAAUUUGGAAUAAGGUCCUUCAUGGUUAGUAUUACUUGUGCUGGAGCAAUUCUGAUUCCUCGUUUAGACAUUGUGAUUUCCUUUGUGGGAGCUGUAAGCAGCAGCACAUUAGCCCUGAUCCUACCACCUUUGGUUGAGAUUCUUACGUUUUCUAAGGAGCAUUACAAUAUAUGGAUGGUCCUGAAAAAUACUUCUAUAGCAUUCACUGGAGUAGUUGGAUUCCUCUUAGGUACUUAUGUAACUGUUGAAGAAAUUAUUUAUCCUGCCCCUAAAGUCAUAGCUGACACUUCACAAAGUCCCUCACUAAAUUUGAAUACAACAUGUUUAGUUUGAAUUAGUGGAAGCAAAGUUAUGAGUUUUCUACUUCUGUCUCAAUUCUGAAAAUAAAGUAAGAACUAGUAGAAUAUACUGGCACAACAUUAAUAUUUUGGCAGCAAAUUAUUUGUUACCAGUACUUGUAAACCAUGAAAGAUCCUUGGUUUAAAGCAUUAUCAAUAAUUUCAAAAAUUUUAGCUGUGAAAUUGAAAAACUGGAAGAAUAAAAAUACUUCUAUUCUUUACCAGAAAUACUUCAACCAAGAUUUCUCUUUUAUCCCCCUGCUACUACUUUUGCCUCCUGGUUGGGGAGAGAUCAGGGUUCAACAAUGAGAAAGUUACCUAGGUCACAGAUCUCUCUCUGACCAUCAAGUGAAAAUAUCAAAGUAAACCUAACUUUGUGUAUAAUGUAAAAAUAUCUUUAUUAUAUUUUUAUUACAGAGUCAAAUACUUAUGUUUCUCUCCUGGACCUUUAGAGUAGCUUCUGUUUAACUGUUCAGAUUUUCUCAGCUCUUCUGCACUGGAUGCUUUACCCUAGAAAUGAGGUACAACUUUUAAGGCUGCCCUUUUAUAUGCACUGUUUCACCUCCAGGAGAAAGCUUUCUUUCCUCUGUUCCUUCCCUAGGAAUCCUGAUCUGUUUGUAUUUUUACCAAAUUUUCUUCCCAGCUCUCGUGAUUUAACAUCCCCUCACUCAGUGCCCCCUUUUCAAUCUGGAACCCGUUUUGCCUUACAGCAGUUCAGUCCUCCCUCAUCCCCCCACCCCCUUUUUUUCUCCUGUGAGUCUUUUCUGUAUCUGGUUCCUUCCUGGUCACCAUGUCCUGCCACAGCAAACCAGAUGGGGUCCAUUUUUUUGUGCAGGUGACCCAGCUAUCAGAGACUGGGCUGAGUGUGUGCACCUCUGGCCAGCAGUGGGCCCUUUUGGGUGCAUGUGCUAGUCCGUGGCUUGGGUUCUGCCCUGGGUGGCUGUGGACUUGGGUCCCUGUGCCCGGAUCUGUGUGGGGUUCUAACUCGGCUGUGAGUGGCUCUGUGGUCUGCAGCUGCAGCAGGAGGGACUCGGGCUGUGCUGCCCGUGUGUAACUGAAAAGCUGCACCGGACCGAGAGGGAGGGGUCAGAAAGAUGGGUCCAGGUCAUAGAUCUCUUACCUUUUUUUUUUUUUGGUGGUGGUGGUUUUCUUUUUCUGUGAUUCAGCAUUGGUGGAGUCCUCCAAUCUCUAUUGUUCUUCAGUGUUCUGAACAAAUGGGAUCCUAAGGAUAUAUGAGAAGCUUUAUUUUGGUUCCCAUUCACAAGAACCAAACUUUUUAAAAACAUGUGCAUUAGAUUUCACCAAUACUUGUGAUCUUUUUCAUCAAAUAUGUUACACGUGGAGACUUUAGUCAUAUUAAGAUGAUGGGGAAGAAGUUAGAGGAAGAAUAAUUUUCCCUGAACUGGUGUUAUAUAAUCUUGAUUCUAAGAAUAAAUUAGGUGGGUUUUUCUUAAGGUUUAUAACUUGAUAUAAAAUGACUUGAAAACCAUUAUGCAAUAGAAAGCAGUAAUAGGUUUGUUAGCUGUCUUCACCUAAUAUUUCUGGUCCACAUGUGCUAUUUUAUUUUUAUGUGUUCAACUUAUGUUUUUCCUUAUGGAAUUCAUCAAAUGCAACAACAUUUUGAAUAGUUGAUCGUAACAAAAAUUUUUUAAUUCAGCAUAAACAAUUCUUUAGCAUAUUAUCAUCCAGGCUCUAAAUUAUCUAAUAUUUUAAAUACAAGAGAAAAGUUGAAAUGCAGAAAGAAAGAGGGAGUAAAAAGGGAAAAAAUAGUUUUAAUUUUCAAGAAAUUAUUUAGAUAUGAAGUAUAAGGAUGAUUGGUGAUAAAUUUAGCUUCGGUAACUCAUAACACUUUCUAAAGAUUUUUGAAGAAGGUAUCAAUUAUGGAAGCUGUUCCUUUUUACUUUGGGACCAGGAAAAAUGAGAGUGAUGCACAUGCCAAAUUUUGUUUCUAGUAUCUUUGGUCCAUCACAUUAUGGCUAAAAUGACUUACUUAAGCAUUUCAUCUGCCACCACAGUAAGAACCCUCUUCUCUGAAAGUAAUCAGUUAUCUGAGAACCUUUUCUACUGCUGGAGAGAGAGCUUUACUUACAUGUGACAAGCUCUGUUGUAAGUCAGCUAACGGUAAUCCCUUACAUCCAAAAGUGUCUCAGCAGCAUCAGAGUCGACAUGUCAGAACACUAGUUCUUACACAUUUUUUAAUUGGGAUCUUCUUUUCUGCACAUUUCCAGUUUUUCCACAAUUAAAUGAAAACUGGGGGUUUUCCUGGUUUAGACCAAUAUAUAGAACAAGUACUGUUUUAGCAAAUGUCACAUUAUGUUUAAAUUAUGGUCUCACUAAAUUCUCCUUUAUUAAAGCUAUUUCUGCCUCUCAGAUAAUGCGCAUGUUUUAAUUUUUCCAACAUGGCUUGAUUUCACUAACAGUUAUAUUUUGUAUAUAAAGCUUUUGUAUAAGUUCUGUAAGACAUUAUUUGAAAUAUUUAUUUGAAUGCUAUGUUAGUGCCGUUUAUAGCUGUGGUAAAGCACAGAUCUCACUGUAGUUUACCAGCGAUUAUUUUUUACCACAGAUAAUCAGAACAGCUUGAAGUAGUGCAUUUGUUUAUUAACGGUAUGACCAGAGUGAGUCCCCUUUUUUUCAUUUAAAAGGGAGAAGACACAGGAUAGAACAGAAGGAAAUUAUGUAAAUAAUACCAGUGGCUCAAUGAAUAUUUUCUGUUGAAGAAUACAAUAAUUUGGCAAAACGAGUUGAAAUGAGUCUAUUUUGAUCUUUUUGUCUUGAUUAGCUUCCCCUUCAUAAGAAAAAUUGAGAAACAUUGCUCUAAAAGGUAUUACAAGAUACUUUCUAACAUUAAAUGGCUGGUUGUUAUAGUUAAUACUUCAGCAGUAUUAUUAUAUCAUUGAUCUUAAUGCCACUAAAACUUACUAGGCUCAAAACCUUUUGAAACUGGUUGGUUUCAACCUAGGAGGAAAUAUCCUUAAUAAAUAUCGAAGUGCUAUUUAUUGCCUUGCUAUAAAUGAAGUGACUUUCCUUGCACACAUAAUCUGUGAAUUACGUAUUAAUUUGCACUUUAAAUGGAUCCAGAAAGAUGAUGUGCCAAAAAGAUCACUGAAAAUUAUUCUACCCAUUUUCUUGAUAACACAUAGGAACAUACAUGUUUGUAUCGUGAAUAAAUUAAUUGUGGACUGGCUUUUCAAAAUGAUUUCAUUAGUUUAAAUGGAAACCACAUAUUGCACUUGUCACUUCUUUUUUGCUAUUUUUCUUAUAAUAGAAUAUGAAAAAAUCUCUGUACUGUAAGUCAUGAAUUUGUGAAUUUAAUAAAAUUAUU